CACUUAGUCGUUGCCGGUGGCGGCUGAGGGGGCGCGAGCAGCGCUGGGCGUCGGUGCCCCCCCACACACCCCGCCCCACACUCCCGCCUCUCCCGACCCCCGACGGGGGUCCCGGAAGGGUCCCCGCCGCUGCCGGGUGCCUGAGGGACUUCGUGGCCGCCGCCGCCGCCGCCGCCGCCACGGGUCCUGAUGGAGCCGCCGAAUCGGUAUCCGGUGAAGCUCUACGUGUACGACCUGUCCAAGGGCCUGGCCCGGCGCCUCAGCCCCAUCAUGCUGGGGAAACAGCUGGAAGGCAUCUGGCACACCUCCAUAGUCGUGCACAAGGAUGAAUUCUUCUUCGGCAGUGGCGGGAUCUCCAGCUGUCCCCCGGGAGGGACAUUGCUUGGGCCCCCUGACUCUGUGGUUGAUGUGGGGAGCACAGAAGUCACCGAAGAAAUCUUUUUGGAGUACCUGUCCUCCCUGGGGGAGUCUCUGUUCCGAGGGGAAGCCUACAACCUCUUUGAACACAACUGUAACACCUUCAGCAAUGAAGUGGCCCAGUUCCUGACCGGGCGGAAGAUCCCUUCCUACAUCACCGACCUUCCCUCAGAAGUUCUGUCCACGCCCUUCGGACAGGCGCUGCGGCCGUUCCUGGACUCCGUCCAGAUCCAGCCUCCCGGGGCGAGCACCAUGGGCCGGCCCAACGGUCAGAGCUAACGGGACUGCGGGGACCGCCUGCCUCUCCAGGGCUUUGCGUUUUUAAACAAAACAAACCCUAUCAGAUUUCUAUUUUAUAAUUUUACAUCAGAGCUAGCCAUCAGGGGGCGGCUUUCUAACGUUCCCAAGAGGGAGAGCCCGUCGGGCCGCUGCCGAGGCAGCACGCGGCCCCCCUCCCCCCCGAAUAGCAUUAUACUAAUUUAUUAAGGCUGUCUUGUCUGUGCGUUCACUUCUGACGCUGCUUCCUGAGCAUCCUCCGCUCUGGAGACAGGGAGGCGGGUGGGUGAAGCAGAAAAAGAAAAAGAGGCACGGUCUGGGGCUUCCCCAAACCAGACCCACUCGCCACUGAGGGACCCAGGUGAGUCUGACAACAUCCAUGACCCAGAAGCGGUUCCUCCCGCAUUCACGGAACCAAAGGACGUGGGACCCGGGAUGACUGGACCCAGCCCGAGGGCUUUGGCUUUCCCUCCUGACCCCACCACGCCACGGGGCCAGGCCUGUGUCAUCGCCCCAGAAGAGUGCCAGCAGUCGGGCCCGAAGGGACAGGAUAAAGCCAUUCGUCCUCCCACCCAGACCGGUUGCCGACCCUCUGACGCCUGCGCUGGUGCCUCGAGUGCUCCCGCCGAGUGGCAUGGCCGGCCUGUCCUGGUCGCAGUUGGUAGCUCGGCCCCCAACCCCACCCUCGUCAUUGUGCUUUAAUCAGGCAGGGACGCCCUGCUCCAGGGUGAUGCCCCUGAUGCGACGAGAAAACGCGGAAUCGGGAUGACCUGGAACCUCACGUCGUUUCUGAGAGGAGGAAACGUGUUUUGAAGGGACCCGGCGUCCCCCUGCCGUUCUGAAGCAUGGCGGGACUGUGUGGGCCUUUCCCUAAAGUGCUUCCUCCAGGGGCUGCGGGGCAGAGAAUAAGUUUCUUAUCCAGCCAGGCUUUCAGAUGACCCCACCCCCCCCUCCACGAGUUGGGGGGAGGUGAGAAGGGGGGCAGGCUCUGAGCUGCUCCCUAGAGGCCCGGCCAGGGCACUUGUUAUUCUGCCUUAGCCUGUGACUGUCCCCGAACAGCCUGUGGUGAUGCCAAAUGACAUUUGGGAACUUGGGAGGAUUGGAGGCCAUGCCAUCAAGCCAUUGAGUCCCUCCCUAGACCUACCAGUUUGCCAGUGUUCCGAGAGAGGAGAGACUGGGCCGGGGGCUGUACUUGGACAUGGCUUCACUGCCUCCCAGGCCCCGUGGCCAGCAGGCAGCACCCCCAGACCAGGGCUCUGAGUGGUGUGGUUGGCGAGGCGGGUCAGUGAGCCUCUUCCCAGAGUUGAGGAGAGGGCACCCCGGCCCAUCCUUCCAGCCCUGCAUCCCAGAGCCUCGGGAGAACGCCCCCAGCUGCCUGGCCCCGUGUGAGCCCACGCAGGCGGGCAGGGAGUGAGCCCUGUGUGCGUCACGCUGCAGACGCCCCCACGAAGACCCGCCGUUCCCAGAAAUGGCGCUUGUACCUUGGAAACGCUUUUCUGCUCUGGGAGUGGAGCUAGCUACUGUGUUGAGCGCGGAGAGGGUUGCUGGUUUGCUUUGGUGUUUUUUCUAAUGCAAUAAACUCAUUUCUGCCUGUG